AUGGAGGCCAUCAAGAAGAAGAUGCUUAUGCUGAAGUUGGACAAGGAGAACGCACUGGACCAGGCCGAACAGGCUGAAGCAGACAAGAAAGCAGCUGAAGAGCGAAGCAAGCAGCAUGAAGACGAGCUCCUGCAGAUGCAGAAGAAGCUGAAGGGGACGGAGGACGAGCUGGAUAAAUACUCGGAGGCCCUGAAGGACGCUCAGGAGAAGCUGGAGGUGGCCGAUAAAAAGGCGGCUGACGCUGAAGCAGAGGUGGCUUCCCUGAACAGACGUAUCCAGCUGGUGGAGGAGGAGCUGGACCGAGCUCAGGAGAGACUGGCGACGGCUCUGCAGAAGCUGGAGGAGGCUGAGAAAGCUGCAGACGAGAGCGAGAGAGGGAUGAAGGUGAUUGAGAACAGGGCUCUGAAGGAUGAGGAGAAGAUGGAGCUGCAGGAGAUCCAGCUGAAGGAGGCGAAACACAUCGCAGAGGAGGCCGACCGCAAGUACGAGGAGGUGGCUCGUAAGCUGGUGAUUGUAGAAGGAGAGCUGGAGCGUACGGAGGAGAGGGCGGAGCUGGCUGAGGCUAAAUGUGCUGAACUGGAGGAGGAACUGAAGAACGUCACCAAUAACCUGAAGUCUCUGGAGGCCCAGGCUGAGAAGUACUCUCAAAAAGAGGACAAGUAUGAGGAAGAGAUCAAGAUCCUGACCGACAAGCUGAAAGAGGCUGAGACCAGAGCUGAGUUUGCUGAGAGAUCUGUGGCCAAGCUGGAGAAGACUAUUGAUGAUCUGGAAGAUGAGCUCUAUGCACAGAAACUCAAGUACAAAGCCAUCAGUGAGGAACUGGACCACGCCCUCAAUGACAUGACCUCUAUCUGAACGUCCUGAGGUUCCACCACCCGG